AUGGGCGUGGGCGACUACAUCCACUCCAAGGAAGCUGGGCACUCUGCAGCAGUACGCAGGACAGCUUCCCUCCAAACACGACAACUGCGUGCGGAACAAGCAAAGGUAGAGGUGCCAGCAACUAGUCUAUUCGAGCUGCCUCCUUCAAACGGCGACGAGAGAACUGGUUUCGCGGACCCGUCCCAAGCAUCUCUCGACCAUGCAUUGCAGCAGCGGGACGCCUUCGACACAGAUGUCGAAGCAGUCGAUGACUCCACCAUUGCAGGAACAAGCAUCUACGGAGUGGAUGAUAAUCAGUCUCACAUAGCACCGAAUGCAAAUACAGCAUCCGCUACCCAUGAACCACAGUCCACCUACCAGCCACGCCAUCCCCAGCGCUCUCACGGGUCUGCUUGGUACGAUGGUCUAGGAAACAAGGCCAUGAAGGAGGCAGGCUUUGACUCUGAAGAUGCACAUGAUGGCGACGACGGUAGCCAGUUGACUUCUUCUGUCGGGGACGACGAGAAUGUCGACGAGAUCCGCGCAGGGUACUACACCCACAAACCUCGUGCAAUGGAAGAGCCGCUGAGCCGACGCCUGGAGAAUUUCUGGUCUGCCAGCAAGAGAGCGCCUUUGAAGCCACUGGAUCCGAUUCCUGUGAACACAGCUCCCCAGCAUCAGCCACGCAAGCUGGGCCAGAUGCUGCCUCCUCCGGGGACCAGGAAGCCCAUUCUACCGCAUAGCACGUCUGGAACUCCGCGGGCGCGGUCCCGCUUCAGUCCACCAAAGCCUUCACUACUUGAACAGCUGGAUAUCUCGCCAACCCGUCAGGGCUUCCAGACUUCGCUACAGCCGGAACGAACGCUCCAUAUGGCCGCUCUCCGCCCACUCGAGCACGAAGACCACAUCAGCGAUGAUGGCCUAGAUCAAAGAGUGGCAAUUGACGACAGACGAGACAGCGUGCAUUCACUCAAUGCAUUCGACAUCACCAAUCUGACCGACCUUGAUGCCGACAAUGACGACACCAUCCAAGAUCCAUUCUUCACCGGUUCCAUACGACGUCGUCGAGACACAAUUAUCCACUCGAAAAAACGACCCUUCGAAGCAGACUAUCCCCCGGCUGUGCUCUACCAGAAAUCCUUUUCAGACCUCCAAGCUGAGCCAUUUGACAGAGCGCCAUCUCCGGUUCCUCUAUCAUCACCAGUCCAGUCCACUCCCCCACAGCCACAACAACAACCCCAGGACAUCUCCCCAGACAGCGAGUCCCCGAAAGACGCCGUGUCCCAGCUCCUGAAACAGACAGACCAAGAACGACACACCUUCCUAUCUCGCAUGACCGUCGACGAAUGGGAAGAAUGCGGAGACCAGUUGCUCGAUCGCUUCAGCCAUCUACUCUCUGAGAUGAAGAAUUCGAGGCGUGUUCGUCGCCGCAUGGCUGCUGUGUUUGAGAGGGAGGUUAAACGGCGACAUGAUCAGGUGGAGGAGCAGAAUCAGGAGUUGUCGACAAAGUUGCAGGAGAUGCGCACUGGUGGCGCGGAGGUUCUGCGAGGGCGAAAUGCUUAA